CUUGGGAAAUAAAAUUAUACUGUUUUAUAGAGUAAUUUUUCGUAAUCACUAACUUUUACUGAUCCGCCAUAUCGCUUUAUAUUCCCCCCCUGAAAUCUCGGUUUUAAACCUGCUUCUGCGACUCGUAACAACACGAUCGAAACUCGGGUCGGGCAUUCCGACCUGUCAGAUUUUCAAAACAAAAUCUACGGCAAUUGUUUGUAAAACUAUUGUGCGUAGUAUGGUUCAGCUAUUUUGAGGACGUAAAAAUGGCUGUUUGUAUCGCAGUCAUCGGCAAAGAUAAUUCACCGAAAUACAUCAAGUGCAUAGCCGAACAGAAUGCGCUUCAAUUCCACAACAAAGUUCACACUUCUAUCGAUAUUAUAGAAGAAAAAUUGAGCGUUGGCACUAAAGCAGCGACUGAUACACGAGAAUUGUUCUUGGGACUUUUGUUCUCCACCGAAGAACACAAAAUAUUUGGAUAUGCAACGAAUACGAAAAUCAAAUUUGUCGUAGUCUUGCAGUCGACAAAUCCAUCUUUCCGGGACAAUGAUGUUAGAAUGAUUUUCAGAAAAUUACACGUGGCUUAUGCCAAUGCAGUCUGCAACCCAUUUUACAUUCCAGGCGAACAGAUAAAAUCCAGAUCGUUUGAGGCCUCGGUGAAGGAUAUAAUGGGUCUAUGAUUGUUCAAGAUAUUCACAACAAUGAAAUUAUUAACGAAAGUCUUGGACUUUCUUUUCACCUGAUAUGUAAAUAUGUGAUUUAUGUUCUGCGUAAUAUAUUUUCUCUAUAAUAAUA